GCGUGAUGAAGCGUGGCGUGAGUCCCCUGACCCGGAAACCUGUUCGACGCUUGCUUAGCUCGAGCUCAGCGCCGCUGCUGCAAAACGACCUCAGCCCGACUGGCGUCCUCACGCUGACAUUCAACCAGCCCGAAAAGCUGAACGCGUGGACUCUCCCAUUGCUGAACAAGCUCUUCUACGGGCUCGCCGACGCGACCACCGACCCGGCAGUCAAGGGCGUCGUCAUCACGGGAAGCGGCAAGUACUACUCCGCCGGUGCGGACCUCUCUGCGAUGAUCAAACCGAUGGCGCCCUCUUCUCUGAUCCGGCAGAUUCGCGACCGCAACCAAAGGCUGUUUGCCUGCUUCCUCGACUUUCCAAAGCCAAUCGUCGCGGCGGUCAACGGCCCCGCCAUCGGCGCAGCCGUCACCUCCACCUGCCUGAUGGACGCGUGCUUCGCCUCGCCGGCCGCCACCUUCUCGCUCCCCUUCGCCAAGCUCGGAGUGCCUCCCGAGGGCUGCUCGUCCGUCACCUUCCCCGAGCGCAUGGGCGAGGCGGCGGCGCACCGCAUGCUCGGAGAGGAGAACUGGGUACCGAGCGCCGCCGAGGCGCGCGACGCGGGGCUCGUGCGCGAGGUGGUCGAGCCGCAUGAGCUUGUGGCGCGCGCCUCCUCCUUCGUUGAGGAGAGGAUCGCGGCCGGAGGCGGCCGCUGUUUUGACGAAGCCGAGCACGAGCGGCUGAGGCGGGUCAACGCCGAGGAGUCGGCCACUCUCGCGAACGCGUUUGUGUCUCCAAAGUUCCUCGGCGCGAUGGAAGCCUUCAACGCCAAGCGGAAAAAGACGCAACUGACGCGAGUGUUCUGGAUCGCGAACUCGACACUGCCGUUGUGGCGGCCGAGUGACAUCGAGGCCAACUUUGGGUUCAGGCUCGACGGGCCCGACGGGCACAUCGAGCGCGACCACUGAGGCGAGGGGUCGGCGAGGCGCGAGAUUCGUGCGACGGUUAGGGCAGGCACAAGCGCUUUUGAAUAUAUAUUAUUCGGGAUCGUACGAACACAUCAAUUCCCCACGCACGCCAUGGUUCAUUACGACGUGUGGUGUCUCGCGUCGGCGCCAAGUCGCGUUCGUUUUUUAUUUUUACGUUCUGUCUUUUCCAUC